CGUGCAAAGUGCAAUGUGUUGUUCACAAGUUUAUGUUUUGAUCAAUAAUUGAGUUUCCAGAAUCCGCCAAUCUGUGCUUCUGGGCAAUGAAGCUAUCUCGCUCUCGGUCUUCUUCCACGCUCCGGGACCCGGGGAUCCGCAAACAGGCCUUAAAUGCUAGAAAGACUGUCCGUCAUUGCAAACUCGCCGAAGCGGAGUAUUGAUGGUGAGAUGACGCGAAGAAAAGUUGCGGCUCGACGAUUUCGUACGCAGGGUCGUCGUCGCGCUUCUCCCUAGGGCUGGGCGUCGAAAAACAAGAAAAAGAGUUAAUCUGGCUGAGGCGAAGUAGUGACGGCGGGGAACAUACAGUCGAAAUUGCGUCGUAGCGAGUAAACCGAGCCUCAAAGUUAUUGCGCCGCGAUAGCCAGCCAAGACAGCCAGUGCGGUUAACGGGUGGCGACGCCGUGAAUUUUCAUCGAUUGCCGUGAAUAAAACAUGAAUCUCGUCAGUGGGCGCUGUGCCGUCGAUCGAACGGUUGGCACCAACAACCAACGAUUCCCAACCGACCAUCCUUCUUCCAUCGCCAGUUGAUUGAUGACCAUGAAACGCGGAGUGCAAGGACGAAGCGAGAAUACAAAGUGUCGAGAGGGUCCGACGGGCCGCAGGAAGUAGGAUCGGUGACGACGCGGUGUACGCAUCUGCUUCGCAGCUACAGCAGCAGUGUCCACAGCCAGUGCACCAUGGGAAAGAUAAAUGCCAGUCACAGCAACUACUGUUGCGAGAGCAAAACGUUCCGGUGCAACAAUCAGCAGGCCAGAAGCCAUCAGAAAAUACUGUUUCCUCAUCGUUUGAGCCCUGAAAUGGUUCUCAGCAUUCCGGACGCUCUAGAGUCGACCGUCGGUAACAGGGAGCACCCGGAACCGAGUGACGUCCUGGCGCGUACUCUGCUGCAGAUCGACGAAGGCUGUCUGGUGUAUCGCGCCGAGGGCAACGCGAAUAUUGUGCUGUCCCUAUCGGACAACAAACACGUCCUGCGAUUGCGCAAGUCGGCCAUCGCUACGCGGGAUGGCAAGGCCGUGAGCAAUGUUAAAUUGGAGCGCUUCGUCAAAUACUCUGAGGUGAUGUCCAACUUGUUCUCCAGCUGUUACGUGCCAACGCUCAAACUGGCCCAUCUCAACACGCAGAACCUACAAGCCUUUAACGAGCGCUUGAGCAAAACACGCCCCGUUGCUAGACGAGACAAGGAAAUCCGAGAACUGGAUGGUAUCAUCUACCCGGACGUAGCAUUCCUGCCGAACUGGCUCUAUCUAACGAGAGAUCAAGACAUGAAUCAGGACAAGAUCGGCUCCACUCUGCUGUCUCCCUAUCAAACAUACUGCGUCGAAAUCAAGCCGAAGCAAGGUUGGUUUUCGUACGAACUCUGUGAUAACAUUCCCGUACCGGGCCUGGCGACCGGGGACCUUCGGAAGUGCCGUUACUGUUUUCUUCAAUAUUUAAAGCUCCAACAGAAAUCGAUAGCCAAAAUUAGUAAAUACUGCCCAUUGGAUCUCUUUUCUGGAAAACCAAUCCGUGUUCUUCACGCCGUUAAGGGCCUUAUCGGUGCGCCGCAGAACAAUUUCAAACUUCUCAAAAAUGGCAAGAUCGUGUACGACGAGACACGCGAAAAGUCCGUGUUUAACCGAAUGCUGAAGGAAAUGUUUCCCCGCGACGGACGCACGAAGGAAGAGCGAAAAACAUUCUUCCUCAAUCUGAUCAAAGAAGUGUUGCUGACGGACUUCUCCAGCGAUGACACAACCUGUGACCGAAAACUAUUGACGAUAAGAAAAGAUCGCAAGAAAAAGGACAGGAACCAACUCCACGAACGUGGCUGCAAUGCUAGCGAGCAACAUUUUCUUCCAGACAGAUGUGUACUGCGUGAGAUCCUCGAUGUGCAGUUGCUGGUAAAGUCAAAUUUUAUGUCGUUCGACCAAUCCAAAUUGGCCUCAUCCAGUGAUAGCCCAUGCCAAUACGUUGACGAUAUGUACGAGAAGUAUCUAGAUUACAGAGACGAUGUCGGCUAUAGCGACGCCUCUAUGAUGUCCGGGUCGUUCUGCAGCGAAUACCUGUCCACGGAGGAAAAGUAUCAGUUCGGGGCGACGGCGUUAGAUUGCUCGGUUAUGAUCACUUUUCGGCGACUGAUGGGAGAUCGGACAGAGGAAGACAGAUUGAGCCCUGAGGCUCGCAAGCACAUAGUCGUUAUCGAAGGAAUGAAGUUUUUAGUUAAAGUGACGAUCACCGAUUUGGAUCCGAAAUCGCACAAACAUCGUCAAAAGUAUGUGGAUCAACUGGCGGAAUCGGUUUCGGCCUAUCGUGACUAUAUGAGCAAGCUAACAAAGCGCUAAGCGAGGCGAAUUACCAUGUUUGACGUCCAUCCGUACGGUUCUAACUUUUAAAACAGGAAACAAACCGAAGCAUUCACGCAGAACCUCGUCACAAAGCAAUAAUGGAUUCCUAAUGCAGCCAAGAAGAAAGCUCUUUUGAAAACUCUCUACUAGCGAUAAGGAAGCAGUCGUGAAACUCUGUGUAUUAUCAGUGUUAUGUGUAAACCACCUUCAACCCAUAGAAUUACCGGUAUAUUCGGACUGUAUUGUAGGAACGAUGGUUUAGCUGAAAGCAGACACUACACAUACGAAGGGUUGAAAGUGGAGGCGAGCUCGAUGUUCCUUAUUCUCGGAUGCCCCUGCAAAGAUUCAGUGUAUUUUAUGUAAGAAAACAAACAUUUGCAGAAGCGUGAUAGAUCGAAGAAGAACACGAUUGGAGAGAAAAUGAUAAAAUACUGUUCAGCAACAUGCACCAUUGUUUUAUCCAACGUUUAAACUUUGAAAGCAUUUGUCGUUCAUCGGAGUAUUAGAUAGACACGGUAUACAUGUGAAUGUUAGCAUUUGUGCAUUUCUACGACUGAUCCAUCAGUUAAGCCAAACAGUCUGCAUCAGUAUCAACACCAACAACACAGCAAAUUUCCGACAAACCCACUUUUCGAGCAGACGGUACGGUGGUUUUCAAGGUGCCGCUGUUUUGCUUUAUUAACUACUAAAUAACGUUUUAUUUAUUAUCGUCGCUAUUCGCUAUAAAUUACGAACGCAUUUUUAUGCAAAACACAGGUUGGGAAAUGGUGGGAUAUUCGGUCAACAUUGUUUUUACAAUUAUUUUUACCUAUUCGAAGUUAUCUAAAGUACAUUGUAAGUUAAUACCAGUUUUAGUUUUAGUAUUUAUUGCUUCGCCAAUUACUUCAUGAGUCUUUUUUGUUGUUUCUGGUCCUCUUUUUUAACACUUUCCUUAACAAAAUUAGAAUGAAACAUGUAUGUUUAAGGUCGUUUGUUUAAUUCGCAUAUUUUACAGCCAUAUUUUUACCACAGGACAUUUUUAUCAGCGGAAUGCAUAGACGGAA